UACCUAAACGUUACUUUUUGACAGCUCAAAACGCAAUAAUUUGUACGAAAUAAAACCAAUUUCUUAACAAAUUUAAUCAAUACAUACUGAAUGGAAUUAGAAAAUCUUAACCCGAAUGUCUACGAUAAAGUGGGAGAAAGAAAAAUCACGAAUGAAGAGGAAAAUGAUGAUAUCACCGAUGAAUUUGAUUCAAGAGAAAUUUUUGACAUAAUAAGAAGUAUAAAUGACCCGGAACAUCCAUUAACUUUAGAACAACUCCACGUUUUAGAAGAAGAUUUAAUUGAGGUUGAUGAUAAGAAUAAUUCAGUAAAUAUUUUGUAUACUCCAACGAUUCCUCAUUGUAGUAUGGCUACAUUGAUUGGAUUAUCAAUAAGAGUUAAAUUACUGAGAUGUUUACCAUCUAGGUUUAAGGUUGCUGUGAAAAUAAAUCCGGGUACUCACGCUUCGGAGCAUUCAGUUAAUAAACAACUUGCUGAUAAAGAACGUGUUGCCGCGGCGUUAGAAAAUAGCCACUUAUUAAGAGUUAUUAAUCAAUGUAUAACUACUAAAUAAUAUAAAAAAUAGUUUUUGAAA